GACGAAGACAACAAAAUUUUAAAAGCGGCUGAAUUCCUCACCAGCUCGCCUGCACUUUAUCGCUACAAAGAAUUAUGAAAGUUCUACGUUUUGUCGUACAUCCCAUCGUGCAGUGCAAGCGUAGCAAGCUGUCACCCUCACGCUUGAAAAUAUGUUUGGUUUUGGGGUGAAACGUGGCAGAAAGCUUUAUUUGAGAUUAGUUAGUAAAAAACAAAAUCAAAAUAUUUCUUUUUCAAGUUGUACUAACAAGUUUUUAAGCAUUGGUAUGCAACUGGAGCAGCUGUUACUAAAGGUUGUACCAUACCAACUGAAAUGGUGGCCACAUCAACUGAAAUUUCGCAUGUUGAAUGGAAGUCUCCAUUGUGGGGGAUGCUGAAAAUUUGGAAAUGACUACAGUUUGGCCUUCUAUUACAGAAAUGGAUCCUGCCGAGUGCCUUCACAUGUGGCAGAAGAUUAGAGAAAGGUACGGGCGGGAGUCAAGAACCAGCUGUGGCCGCAGUGGUGCUGGGCGAGAUGAGGUGCAGCGGCCCAGCUGGGACCUCUUCCCGUACCUUCAAUUUUUAGCAGGCCAGAUACGUCGCAGAGGAACCAAGGCCCGCAAGAUGGUUGGCAGCGCUGGCCCUGCCACAGGGGUAUUGGAGACACCAAGGGAUCUCCUCAUGGGGGUCUACACGCCAUGUGGGGGAGGUGCCACCGAAGACAUGGCAGAGGAAAGUUGUGAAGCCAACCUGGACGACAACUCCCUCGAUCGUAGCCUGCAGCCAACGGGCACCUGCCAGGUGUUGCUGACGCUGGAGGGGGAUGGCCAGCUGCCCAGCCCAUCUCAGCUGGACCCGACUCCUCCGGUGUCACCACCCCAGGUGGCCCCAGUGGCAGCACCGAUGCAGGCUACGGUCUUGCCCGCAGUGCCUCCACACCCGCCUUCAAGGAAGCCAGGCCGCAAGAUUACCGCCUCGGAGCGUCGUGCCCGGGAGGAUGCAGCGCUGGGCAAGGUUCUUAGUGAAUCUACGAGGCAAAUGGCCAACACAUGUAAAAGGCCACACAUUGAUGCCUUAACCCCAGAAAUGGCACUGGGGUUUCAUUUUGCCAACGAGCUGGCGGCCCUUCCACCACAUCUGAGGUGCCUUUGCAAGGAGAAAGUACUGAAGGUGUUCCACGAAUUUGAAAAAAGAAAUCUAGUAGAAAAAGGCCUUAUGUCUUUAGAUUAGAGUAGAAAAUGAUAUUUUUGACAAGGUUUGCCUAUACAGUCAUGGCUCAUUAAUAUGGACACCUCCAUUCCCUGAAAAAAUCAUCCGUAAUAACAAAUCGCAGUCUAUACCCGUUUUCACCUCAAGAACCGAAGUAAAAAAAGUUUGGCUCCUCGCGGAGCAUCACUACUUUUUCCUUUUAUGAGGAGAAUUAAUAUAUAUGUAGGUGCAUUUUAGA